CUUCUCUUUUCCGCCCUGGGUCUCUUUGCUCCUCCUACUUUUGCUCUUUUGAUUUUGAAUUUGUCCAUUGAAAAGAAAAAACUUAUUAAGACUAGAGUCAUCAUGCCUUCUCCUGCUACUACUGCCACGUCAUCAGGUUCCGGCCAAACCAUAUGCGUCACUGGCGCCGGCGGCUUCAUCGCCUCAUGGAUUAUCAAGCUUCUCUUAGAGAGAGGUUACACUGUUAGAGGCACCGUCAGAAAUCCAGAUGAUUCUAAGAACGAACACUUGAAAAAUCUGGAAGGAGCACAGGAGAGGCUAACUCUUCAUAAAAUUGAUCUCCUUGAUGAUCUCAAGUCCAUGAAAGCUGUUAUUAAUGGCUGUGAUGGUGUUAUUCAUACCGCCUCUCCCAUCACAGACAAUCCUGAAGAGAUGCUGAAACCGGCGGUAAAUGGAACAAAGAAUGUGAUGACAGCAGCUGCAGAAGCAAAAGUGCGUAGAGUUGUGUUCACGUCAUCUAUUGGAGCUGUCUACAUGGACCCCAAUAGGAGCAUUGACAUGGUGAUUGAUGAGUCUUGCUGGAGCGAUUUGGAAUAUUGCAAGAACACUAAGAAUUGGUAUUGCUAUGGGAAGGCAGUGGCAGAGCAGGUAGCAUGGGAUGAGGCAAGAGCAAGAGGGGUGGACUUGGUUGUGUUGAACCCGGUUUUGGUGGUGGGACCUUUGCUCCAAUCCACCAUAAAUAAGAGCACAAUGCACAUUCUUAAGUAUCUCACAGGCGCUGUCAAAACCUAUGUAAAUGCCACUCAUGCUUAUGUUCAUGUUAGGGAUGUGGCAUUGGCCCAUAUUUUAGUUUAUGAGAUUCCUUCUACUUCUGGUCGUUACUUAUGUUCUGAGAGGUCACUCCACCGUGGAGAGGUGGUUGAAAUUCUAGCCGGGUACUUCCCAGAAUACCCAAUUCCUACCAAAUGUUCAGAUGAGAAGAAUCCAAGAGUAAAGCCCUACAAAUUCUCUAAUCAGAAGCUGAAGGAUUUAGGGUUGGAGUUUACCCCAGUGAAGCAGGCCCUUUAUGAAACUGUCAAGAACCUACAAGAUAAAGGCCAUCUUCCUCUUCCUUCCAUGAAAGUUGAAGCUGUUGAGAUUAAAUCCUGGACAGCUAGACUCUAAGAAUGCAAAAUAGUUACCAACAAAUUAGUUAUUCAUUAUCCCCCACUA